AUGGUAACAUCGGGCUCGAGAGAGGAGCGUGACGCUUCUUCGACAACACCGUUACCAAGGACGUGGAAGACACGGCUGCAAAGACGACGACGGGACAUACACCGUCGCCUCUCCGCCCUUCACGAUGGCGUCCCAUACCUUCGCAAGCUUCCUUUGUCGGUCAUAUUGAUUGUCACAUUGCUCAUCCUGGUCAACCUCGUGGUCUGGGCGAUCUGUGGCCUGAUUCUCUCUUCGCACACCCACCUUCUGUCCACGGCCGCAUUGGCGUACACGUUGGGUCUCCGCCACGCCCUGGACGCCGACCACAUCUCGGCCAUCGACCUGAUGACGCGGCGGCUGAUUGCCACGGGCCAACGACCCGUGACCGUGGGGACCUUCUUCAGCCUGGGCCACAGCACCAUCGUGAUCAUCACGUCGAUCGUGGUGGCCGCCACCGCCGCCGGCAUCGCGGGCCGGUUCGACAGCUUCGGCACCGUCGGGGGCAUCAUCGGGACGUCUGUCUCGGCCGCAUUCCUGAUCCUCCUGGGCAUCAUGAACGCGUACAUCCUGUACAAGCUGGUGGUGCAGAUCCGCAAGGUCAUCCGGCUGCGGCCGGAUCAGGAGGCCGCUGAGGCGUGGAAGAUCGAGGGCGGCGGCUGCCUGUUCCGCGUGCUGAAGAGGAUGUUCAAGCUCAUCGACCGGCCGUGGAAGAUGUACCCGCUCGGCGUGCUCUUCGGCAUGGGCUUCGACACCAGCUCCGAGAUCGCCCUCCUGGGAAUCAGCAGCAUCCAGGGCGCGAAAGGGACGAGCAUCUGGCUCAUCCUGAUCUUCCCCGUCCUGUUCACGGCGGGAAUGUGCCUCGUCGACACCAUCGACGGCGCCCUGAUGAUGAGUCUGUACGUGGCGCCCAUGGGCAUGGGCACGAUGAGCAAGAAGGGGUCCUCCAGCGACGAGAUCCAGAGUCAGCACGGCAUUCCCGAGCAAAUCAUCUCGACACCCGACGAGCCGCUGAUCUUGGUGGAUGUGGAACAAUCCGCGAUCCAGCCAGCGACGUCGACGGAGCCGCCACCACAGCAGCAACAACACACCCCUACCGCCCGGGUCAAAGACCCCCUGACGUUCCUUUACUACUCGAUCGUGCUGACGUCGCUGACGGUGCUGUGCGCCAUCAUCAUCGGCAUGCUGCAGCUGCUCUCGCUCGUCCUCAACGUGGCCUCGCCCAAGGGCGCCUUCUGGGACGGCGUCGCACGCGCGGGGGACCUGUACGAGGUCAUCGGCGGCGCCAUCUGCGGCAGCUUCGUGGUCGUGGGCGGCGCCAGUGUGCUGUGCUACAAGCCGUGGCGGCGGUGGGUGGAUCGCGAGCGGGCGAGGUUGGGCAUCUCCCAGGAUCCCGGUGAGCUUGAUGGGGAUAUUGACGGUGACGGUGACGACGGCGACGGCGGCAACCGUGGCGACGACGAUCUCGAGCACGGCGCCGCAGUCUUCGUCCUCGACGACGAGGAUGAGGAGCCGGGGGUGGUCCAACGUGUCGUCGAUGUCGACGGCAAAAAAACCCACAGGCACACCCACCGUGAGAGACUGGGCGGCAAGCCUUUCGACGACAAUCAUCAUAACACUAAAGGCUCUUCUGCCACUGCCACUGCUACUGCAACGACGGCGCCGCUGCCAGGGAAUGCCGGUGCCGGUGCAGGCAGUGGGACAGCUCGUCCUCGUGAUGACUAG